AUGAACCGGAAAGACAUCAAAAGGAAGUCUCAUCAGGAAUGCUCUGGGAAGGCAGGAGGGCGGGGUCGGCCACGACAGGCCCGCCGCCACAAGACGUGCCCCACCCCCCGGGAAAUCAGCAAGGUCAUGGCUGCCAUGAACCUGGGAGUGCUGAGUGAGAGCAGCUGCAGCGAAGAUGAGUUACUGGAAGAAUGCAUCCGGUGCUUCGAUUCAGCUGGCAGCCUACGCCGAGGGGACCACAUUCUCAAGAUGGUGCUUACGAUGCAUAGCUGGGUGCUGCCAUCCUCAGAGCUCGCUGCCCGGCUGCUGACUUCGUAUCAGAAGGCUGCCAAAGAUGCCCAGGAGCUAAGACAGCUACAGAUCUGUUACCUGGUCAGGUACUGGCUGACCCAUCACCCUGAGGCAGUGCACCAGGAACCCCAGCUGGGAACAGUCAUAAACCGGUUUUGGACCACUGUUGCUCAGGAGGGCAACAUGGCCCAAAGGAGCCUAGGAGAUACCUCCAACCUGCUGAGUCCUGGAGGGCCCGGUCCCCCGCCUCCCGUGAGUAGCCCAGGCCUGGGCAAGAAACGGAAAGUGUCCUUGCUGUUCGAUCACCUGGAGACAGAGGAGUUGGCACAACACCUUACUUACCUGGAGUUCCGGUCCUUCCAGGCCAUCACACCCCAAGACCUGCGGGGCUAUGUUUUGCAGGGCUCAGUGAGAGGUUGUCCUGCUCUGGAGGGUUCUGUGGGUCUGAGCAACAGUGUGUCCCGCUGGGUGCAGGUCAUGGUGCUGAGUCGUCCUGGGCCUGCACAGCGUGCCCAGGUACUGGACAAAUUCAUUCGUGUGGCACAGAGGCUUCGCCAACUGCAGAAUUUCAACACACUGAUGGCAGUCACAGGGGGCCUGUGUCAUAGUGCCAUCUCCAGACUCAAGGACUCCCACGUCCAUCUGAGCCCUGACAGCACUAAGGUCCUGCUGGAGCUGACAGAGCUCCUCUCUUCCCACAACAACUAUGCCUACUACCGCCGCACCUGGGCCGGCUGUACUGGCUUCCGACUGCCGGUACUGGGUGUACACCUCAAGGACCUGGUAUCUCUGUAUGAGGCCCAUCCAGACAGAUUGCCAGAUGGCCGCCUGCACCUACCCAAGUUGAAUAGCCUCUACCUACGGCUGCAGGAGCUGACAGCACUCCAGGGACAGCAUCCCCCCUGCAGUGCCAAUGAGGACCUGCUGCAUCUGCUGACGCUUUCCCUGGAUCUCUUCUACACAGAAGACGAGAUCUACGAGCUUUCUUAUGUCCGGGAACCACGCUGUCCCAAGAAUCUGCCACCGUCCCCCUUCAAAGCACCUGUGGUGGUGGAGUGGGCCCAUGGUGUGACACCAAAGCCAGACAGUGUGACUCUGGGUCAGCAUGUGGAGCAGCUAGUGGAGUCUGUGUUCAAGAACUACGACCCAGAAGGCCAGGGCUCUAUCUCUCUGGAGGACUUCGAGCGGCUGUCAGGCAACUUCCCCUUUGCCUGCCAUGGGCUUCACCCACCGCCCCGCCAUGGGAGUGGCUCCUUCAGCAGAGAGGAGUUGACCAAGUACCUGCUCCAUGCCAGUGCCAUCUGCUCCAAGCUGGGCCUGGCCUUCCUGCACGCCUUCCAGGAGGUCACCUUCCGCAAGCCCACCUUCUGCCACAGCUGCAGCGGCUUUGUGAGCACUGGUCCUCUCUGGGGGGUCACCAAGCAAGGUUAUCGCUGUCGGGACUGUGGGCUGUGUUGUCACAGACACUGCAGGGAUCAAGUGAGAGUGGAGUGUAAGAAGAAGCCAGAGACUAAGGGUGACCCCGGCCCGCCAGGUGCACCUGUGCCAGCCACACCACUUCCUCCCGCCAGCUGUGGCUCAGAGGAAAGUCUCUCCUAUACACUGUCCCCGGAUCUGGAGUCUGGUUGCCACCUCCGCCAUGCUUGGACCCAGACGGAGGAGUCCUCCCACUCUUCCUGGGGGCCAGAGAUGGUGCCCUGCCCAGCACCAGUUUUACCAUCCAAAGCUUCCUCAAAGCCCAGCAUCUGA